AUGGUCUCCGUUUCUGUUCUUGGUCUGGCAGCACUCGCUGUUGGACCUCUCGUGGCUGCGAAUGCUAUUCCCGAAAGAUCUGCUGGUCUCACCACAUCUCUCAGAGCCGUGCGGAAUUCGCAUGCUGCCUCGCAUGUUCAUGCGCGUGGGCUGUCCAGAUAUGGACGUGCCAUCCCGGAAGGCCUUGCCAGUCUGGUACGCCGGGGAGAUGUAGAUGGUUCUACCGUGACUACCUAUGAUGCUGCCACUGGCGAGUGGGCUGUCAUAGCUGCGUUUGGAACUCCGCCACAGGAACUGCCAAUCCUUCUUGACACCGGCUCGUGGGACUGUUCCCAGUCCGAGAAAUCUGGACUACCCGCGAACAUCUCGCUUUAUGAGCCGCAAGACAGCAUUACGGCCAGGCUACUCAAGGGCUACACAUUCGAUAUCAUCUACGGAAACGGCGACCAAGAGACGAGCGGCGACAUCGAGGCCAGUGGCGAUGUGUUCCUCGACGUGCUUACCCUUGGAGGCAUCACUGCGCCCUCACAGGCCGUCGAGUCAAUCGUCAACUAUACCUCUGGAUUCGCAGAGCUGGGCGCCACGGGAAUCGUGGGCAUGGCACUGAAGAAGAACAACACGGUCAAGCCCGUCAAACAAAACACCUUUUUCGACAAUAUCAAGGACAAGCUCUCUCUGCCUGUCCUUGUCGCCGACCUCUACUUGGAGGCAGAGUCGCAUUAUGAUUUCGGGUACAUCAACCGGAGCCUGAUCGACGAGCCCCUGACAUGGACCCCUGUAAACACGAGCGACAGCCAACAGGGCUGGUGGUCCAUCACUGUGGACGGAUAUGAAGUCGGAUCCGAUGGAUUGUACGUGGAAAGCCCUUUUGCAUCCAUCGUCGAUACCGGAACGCUUCAGAACCUCUUCCCAUCGGAGAUCGUAAGCGCCUACUAUGCCCAGGUGCCUACCGCCGUGAACAGUACCGAGUACGAUGCAUUCGUGUUCCCUUGCAACGAGACUCUGCCCGACUUCUCUUUGACCAUCAGCGGCAAGAAAUUCACUAUCCCCGGCAGUCUGCUGAACGUUGGCGUGGUGACUGGCGACACCUGCAUGGGCAACAUCCAGGUAAUUCCUCCGGCCACGAAUGGUGGUCUACCACAGCCGAAUGCCUGCAUCGGUGCUUCGUUUAUGUUGCAGCAUCUCUUUGUCUUUGAUCUGGGCGCCCUGCAUAUUGGAAUUGCGGAGAAGAGCUACAUUGAGAACACUACUUUUGUAGAUCUAUAG